GUGCUCAUAAACAUAUAAUGCUAUACAAAACACACGAUCGUCUCUAAAACACUGGACCCUUUUUUUCUCUCCCUAUUUCCUUCCGCCUUCACCGCCCUACUGGGUUCAUUCAUUUUUCCUUGCUCUUUCCUUUUUCCUUGAUCUCUGGUCAUUGCAACACAGGGGGCUGAACAUUUUCUUGCCCAACAACCAAAACCCACAUCCUUGUUUUUUUUAUUCGGUGUUGUGUGAAAUUCUGAUGGCCGAUCAGCAGGGUGAUGUGCAAAUGACUACGACUGCGGGUACUAGUUCGAGAAGAAGCUCUACGGGAUGGAUAAGUUCUUCAAAUAGCGGAGAAAAAUUUGUGCCUCAUUAUCGAAGAAUAUCUACUGGUUCCUGUCAUGAUUUCUGCAAAUAUGGGAAAAACCAUACUUUUGAAACCAAGUCGAGACGACCAAUGGCUAUGACAAGAAAAUCACUGGACGGUGGACGUUCGGAGGAUAGUGUGGUACUUCGUGAGAGAAAGAAAACAGGUGGAGGUUCGGUAGAUGGUGUGGUGAUUCCUGAGAGAAAGAAAACGAUUAUGACUGAAAGGUCGAAGCAUAUGACAAGAAAAUCACUGGAUGAUGGAAGUUCGGUUGACAGUAUGGUACUCCCUGAGAGAAAGAAAACAACUUCACCUCGAAUGUCGAAAAAUGUGGCAAGAAAAUCACUCGAUGGUGUGGUACUUCUUGAGAGAAAGAAAACAACUUCAACUCGAAUGUCGAAAAAUGUGGCAAGAAUAUCACUCGAUGGUGGAAGUUCGGUAGAUGGUGUGGUACUUCUUGAGAGAAAGAAAACAGCUUCACCUCGAAUGUCGAAAAAUGUGGCAAGAAGUUCGAUAGAUGGUGUGGUACUUCUUGAGAGAAAGAAAACAAUUUCAACUCGAAUGUUGAAAAAUGUGGCAAGGAUAUCACUUGAUAGUGGAAGUUCGAUUAGAACGAUACUUCCCGAGAGAAAGAAAACAGCUUCAACUCGGAUGAAGGCUGAACUUUCAUCAACUUCCAGAAUGUCUGGAGCUAAUGUGACCACCUUGACAAGGCCUAGUCCAGUGCAGAGAGAAGUCUCAAAUGGAAGGAAGAAAAAACUGUUGUCAAGUCCAACGCAGAGAGAAGUCCUGAAUGAAAGAAAGAAGAAAUUGUUGGCUGAGCCGAAAGCCUUAGCCAAGUCGAGAUCACAUACUGCAAACACGCUGAACAACUCGAAGCCUGAAACGUCUACAGCUACUAGAAAUCCAGAAGACUCUGCAGUUCUUGCAAAAACCAAGGAGAGAAAGUUACCUGAAAAGUCUGAAAAUUUUGUGAAAUUGAGGUCUAUCAAAGUAAAUCCAUUGAGAUCUGCAGUGUCUACGGACGGUUCGCGAAGAACAAAUGGUUCGAAAAUGGUAAAAAAUCUUGGGACUUCCAAAGUAGCUGCAAAGAAAGUGGUGGCAACCUCAACAGGUUCAUUUUCCUCAAAUUCUAUCUAUGGAAAUGCAAACUUAACUGCAAGAAAGCGUGUUAACUUGAAAGGCAGUCCACAUAAAACUCAUAACAAGAACAAACUAUCUGACCAUCAACAAGUCCAGGGUGAAGAGGUUCGAGGAGAAACGUUCCAGAGUGAAGAGGUCCAAGGAGAAACCUUCCGGAGUGUAGAGGUCCAAGAGAAGACCUUGUAUGUCAUCAAGGUAGAAAAUGAGGAGAUGCCUCAUGAACCUGAUGGUCAAAAUGAAACUUUUGAUAACGUGGAACCAUUGCCAUCGUCACCGCCUAAUUCGCUAUCACCGCCAUCAGCUCAGUAUAUUUUGGCUAAGGUAAAAGAUCAAGAUGUAUCUGAAUACACAGAGAGUGAAACAGAGAAUGACUCUUUCUCUGAAAGCAAUGAAUAUGGCAGCAUGGAAACAGAUAAUGUUUCAAGUGAAGAAGGUGGUCAAAAUGCAAGAUACCAAAAUCCUCGGAUGUUGCAUAAUAAAGAAGAGGAUCCUCAAUCUACAAAACUAAGUUUCAGGAGAGGGAAAAUCAUUGACAUCCCUUCCAAGAGUAACAGUCCGAGGAGGCUUAAAUUUAGGCGUGGAAGGCUGUUGGGGGAGAGCCAAAGGGAUGCAGAAGGCCUAAGGAAGAACUUCAAGAUGGGAACAGAAGUCGACGGCGACACAGCAACUGCUCAAGAAAUAGUUGUUCUGAGGCACCAAGAUGUGCAGCAGAGGAGAAAAGACGCACAGGGACUGUUUAACAAUGUCAUUGAAGAAACCGCAAGUAAACUCGUCGAAACACGAAAGAGCAAGGUUAAGGCCUUGGUUGGUGCAUUUGAAACAGUGAUCUCCCUGCAAGAUGGAAGACUUUCUCCUGAGUAUUGACACUUGACUUAAGAAUCUCUAAUUGUCUGCGUAGAGUGAAUGAGGUAUGGACUUGGUGCGCUAACGCUGCAGAAUAGGUAUAGAUUUCUCUUUUUAAUGAUAGGAAGAUUGUUCUGUACACAGUUAGAUAGGAAGUAUUGUUUUAGGAAGAUUAUUCUGCUCCCUAA